CCACUGCGCUUCCAGCCUUCGAGACUGUCGCAUCCCCAGCUGAUCGCCUCUCGCUGAUCGCCUCUCUCUCGAAACUUACCCCCCGCCGUGAGCCUUCCGCUGUUAUCGCUCGGUGCAAAGCGAGACGUUCGUGAGGAUCCGCCCCUCGUCCUCGUCGACCGCGGGACCAGCUCAUGAACGAGUGUGUGGAACGCAUGCCCGCUACAGCAGCGAGCCAGACUCUAGUGUUCGAUCGAAGGCGAAGACCAAACCCCGUCGUGCAACUGCACCGCGGACGCGGAGGGAGCGCCCUGCCUGCCUCCCUCGGCAGCCCAGCCGCCCGACACCGCUCCUCCAGAACGACGCCAUGGCCGUCCUGUGCGAGGACAUCCUGGUGGCGGCCCCGAGCGGGCACCACCUCCUCAAAAUCUACGUGGUUGUCGCACCCGCGCCCCACCACUCACCCGCCGCAGGCUGCAGCAGGCGUCGGCCGCUGCCACUGACCCCGCAGCCGGGGCCCCAGCCCCAGCCCCAGCCCAGACCUCCGCACCCCCACAAGCAGCACCAGCCCAAGCGGUCCCAGGGCCACAAGAUGACGAGCACCGCCCUGCUGCUGCUCGCCGCCAUCGCGGCCCUCUGCCUCGGGGACGACGCUCUGAGGGAGGGGCAGCCCAACGCUCUGACGGACGACAUCGACCCCGAGCUGCUCAAGCUGAUCGCCGACGGAGGCGACAUGGGCAUUGAUAUGGCGGACCGCGACGGCCGGAGUCUGGCCACCGCGAGCAGGCUGUACCGCGAGCUCAAGAAGAAGGAGCUGCUCAAGACACCCACCGUGCAGAAGCCCCUCACGCUCGAGGAGAGGAGACAGAAGGUGAAGGAGAGGGUGGAGAAGGUGCGGAAGAUGAUGAAAGACAACAGGGAGCGCAGGCUCAAAGGACUGCCACCAGUGCAAAUUGAAAUCCACGGGGACCCGUUGAGCGGCAAAGUGGGCACAGGAAGGUCCGCCGCCAAAGAGGGCGAGAACGUCGAGGACAAGUCUUCAAAGGCCAGCGACAAGGAGGCGAAGGAGCAGAUCAACCCCGAGGCCAGUGACAAGGCGUCCCAGACAGGCGACAACCCCAACGAGACAAGCGAGGCCGCCAAGAAGACCAAGAGUGACAAGUCUACUGAAAACGAGACCUUGAAAACCAACGAGGACGACGUGGGCGUCAGUGGUUUGGAAAAGGACGUACCAAAGGGAGACAUCCUUCCGAAAGACUCUGUCACGUCUCAACCCUCGACUCUGGUGACAAGCCCGUCCAUGGAAGAGUAUACCUCCACGACCCCUACCCUACAUGCAGAGACUUCCUCCUCCUCCACUCAGGGGAGCACUACCGCGGAGGCGACGUCCACUACCCCUUCACCGCUGGAACUGAGCCCAGUAGCGCCGCCACCCAACCCCGUGAGCACGGCCUCGACGAUCUUCCCGACGAUCUCAGACAAGGAAUCUCACGCAAGGGAUCAGGAUCAAUCCAGCAGUACACCGUCAUCACAGGAGCCAUUGGAAACUAGUACAGCUCCAGCGAUAGCCCACGUGAACGUCCAGCCCAGUGCCUCUCCUGCUCCAGGGGUGAUGCACGAGCCGGUCCAGCCCAUCGCGUCUCCAGCUCCCGCGGUUCUCCAAGUGCCAACCCAGCCUAUCGCUUCUCCAGCUCCAACCGUGGUCCCGAUGCACGCCUUGCCGAGUGCCUCUCCAGCUCCAGUGAUGAUCCACGUGGCAGCCCAGCCCGCUUCCCCAGCUCCAGCCGUGGUCCCGAUGCACACCUUGCAGAGUGCCUCUCCAGCUCCAGUGGUGAUCCACGUGGCAGCCCAGCCCGCUUCUCCAGCUCCACAUUUCGUUCAAGCACCGGCCCAGCCGAUCGCUUCUCCACCUCCGUCGGUUGUUCAAGUGCCAGUCCGUCCUGUGUCUUCUCCAGCUCCAGCGGUGGCACCCGUCCACCCAGGGGCAAAUCCAGCAGUGUGGCCGGCCGUCCUCACCCCAGCCCAUCACGCUGUCCAGGCCGAUCCCAGAGCGAACUCUUGGUACGAGUACGGGCACGGCCGCGCCGCUUCUCCAGAGCAGACGGAGGUGGACUUUCAGGCGUGGGCGGCCUUUGAGGCGGCCGUCGCCCAGGAGAGGGCGGCGCAGGAGGCCGUGGCCGCUCAGAGGAGGGCGGCCGAGCUGAUGGCCGCGCAGCAGCGGGCGGCGCAGCAGGAGGAGGCGGCCAAGCAGCGGGCGCUCCAGGAGGCGCAGGAGACGCAGCGCCGCGCUGCAGUCCUGCUGGCCGCCCAGGAGCGCGCCGAGCGCCAGGGGGCCGAGUUAUUGGCAGCGCAGCAGCGCGCGAUCCAGGAGGUGAUGGUGGCCAAGCAGCGCGCCGUGGAGCUGGCCGCGGCUCAGGAGCGGGCGGCGCGCGAGGAGGCCGAGCGCAUGGAGGCGCAGCAGCGGGCGGCGCAGGAGGCGAUGGCGGCGCAGGAGGCCGCCGUCAAGGAGGCGGCAGCCGCGCUGCUCGCCGAGCAGCAGAGGGCAGAGCGCGAGGAGAAGGCGGCUCAGCAGCGCGCCGAACAGCGCGCCGCCCUGCAGGACGCCAUCGCCCAGCAGCAGCGCGCCGCGCAGGAGGCCAUCGUUGCGCAGCAGAUCGCCCAGAAGCUCGUGACGGACCAGGACCCGGCUCCUCCAGUACCCGACGGCCCCAUCGUCCUUGGACCGCCCAACCCGGCGAUUACUGCACCACGCAUCGUGGACGACCUCCCCAACGGCGACCUGGAGAAUCAGCGGGAGGUUGACUUCCAGAAGUGGAAGGCCGGACUCCCCAGGUACCGCAAGCCCGACUCGUACCUGACGCCGCUGCCCGACGGCACUCUCCCGCCCAGUCCUUACACCGCGCCCGGCACGUCGGGCCUGCCCACCCUGGACGAGUUCCAGAGGAUCAUGGAGGAAGCCCGCGGGCACGCCGUCAGCAAGAGAGACACCACGCCGACGGACACGCCAAGCACCACCACCCCGCGCCACGUCGAGCCGCGCGCACCCGCACCGCUGUGGCCGCGCGACCCCUACAUGUCCAGCAGCACGGCGGCGCCCGCCCGACACCGCGACCACCGCCAUCACCACGACGACGGCCACGUGUCGGUGCCCGGGGCGGCGGCUCCCGAAGUCCCGCACACGCACAACCCGUACUGGCCCGCCGAGCCCAACCCGGAGGAGAAGCCCGUGCAUAAGAAGUUUAGACCGACGACGGCGGCGAGGCCCUUUCAGAACGCCACCAACGACGGCGAGCUCCAGCCGCCGCAGGGAGGCGCCCCCAGCAGCACCGCGGCCCCUGGGCGUCCGAUCAACCAGGGCCCCGUCAUAGCCAUGCUACUAACGUCCACGACGGCGAGGCCGGAGCCUCUGCCGAACCCGCUGCCGCUGACGGUCGCCGUCCCGAAGGCGAGGCCCUCCGGGAGCAGGAGAAAGCGUCACCUGUGGAGGGGUCUCCAGGAACCUCGGGACGCGCAGUGCGCCCUGUUCGGCGGCUAGAGGACCAAGUCAACUAGGUCAACUCGCCGUUCAAUCAGCCGCGAACCGUUAUUAACUGAGAGCGUCCCUGGGGAUAGUUUGUGAGAGGGUGCUCAGACAUUUCUGCGUGCAUACUCGCCACGGAGUGCGGCUCGGCGGCGCUUUGCAAUCGCAGCACU